AUGCAGCGGGGCGAUGUAACCCAGACAAUCAAAGAUUCGAACCUUCAAGCACCCUACGGGAAGAUUGACCAGGACGAUAUCCAACGAGAGGCCUUCUUGAAAAGAUACCAAUGCACAGAACCAGUUCACGAGUCUCUGAAUGACACUUUCGGCCCCGAGUGCGCCCGUGGGAUCCUUCAUAAUGCCCAUUUCAGGAACUGUCUAGAGGCAAGAGGUCAUACGCUCGUGAUUGAAGGGAGACCGGGCGUAGGGAAGACGGCUACGAUGCACUAUCUCCAACGAAUAUUAGAGGAUGCUUGGUUUCGGAAAGAACGCGAUGGAGAUGUUACUCGUUCCAAGAAGAUGCGUCUGAAGGACGAAACGCUUGCUACCAAGGAAAGCAUGAUUCACACAGGUGAGGACGCCAUCGACAAAAAGGUCGCUAUCGCAUCUGUAUAUUUCACUCUCGACGAACCGUCACAGAUCAAAGCUACGAGUGUGUUCGUCAAAGUCCUUGCGGAUAUAACGUGCAGGUUUCCCGAAGCUAAUUCUGAAGUCGACAGACUCAUGAAACGGCGUCCAGGCCGGGAUCCCUAUACCGAAGAUGUUGUCACAACCAUAGUCGCAAUUUUGGAUGGAAUCGCAUGUGACCAAGAAGAGGAGACUCAGGCUUCAGAUCAUCUGGAGCAAGGUACCCCAGAGAAAUGGGUCUGUAUCUUCCUCGAUGGUUUGGAUGAGUGUCGGGAGGAUGUCAGGGACGAUGUGCUUAAAGGCAUGUGUGAGAUACAGUUGGAGAGCCGCAUUGGGCUUGUCAUGACAAGCAGAACCAAGCUCUGUCAUUGGGGAGUCUACUUCAGACACAACCUCGAGACAAUUGAAUUAUGCGCACUUGAAACCGACAUCAGAACAUAUCUUCGACGACGUCUCAAUACAUAUGUGGCACAAUGGGCACAAGACACAUCUUGCCGGCAGAGGUUGAUAGACACGAUAAUUGCAGAGUCGAACAAGAUGUUUCUGCUUGCAAAACUCCACCUCGGUUUUGUCGACCCGGACGGAGGCUUCGACACUUUCGAGCGAGACUUGGAAACCAUCAAAACAACUGAACGACCGAAAUCCGAUGGAGAAGACCAUUAUCUGGCAACUUUCGCUGAAUCAUAUAGUCGAAACUUACGAAGAAUCACUCAAAACACGACUAGUCGACAAUGCGAACGAGCAACGAUGACUCUUGGAGCCAUCAAAGACGCUGCUCGGCCAUUGACUACUAUCGAGCUUAGAGAACUCCAUAGUAUUAAGAUACUGGACAGCGCGCCACCAUUGAAGACGGCCCCGCUUGAUUGGGAUACCAUAGCACGUUCAUGUCAUGGUCUGGUGGAAGUAGACGAAUCGCAAAAUGUCUCUCUUCUCCAUCAAUCACUCAUGGAGUACCUGCGAUCCAAGGAAGGCUCAGGAUAUAUUCCAGACCAUAACCUGAAAUUAGGAAUGAGAUGUCUUGCCUAUCUCAACAUGGGAUCAUGCGAAGGAGGAAUCUGUACAGACCAGCAAUCAUUGAUCGCGCGCACGGAAAGAUGGCCCUUGCUGAGCUACGCUGCAAACCAUUGGUCAGUUCAUAUGAGCAUGGUUGAGAGCCAGAGAGCUCAACUACCAGUAUCCCUGGAAGGCGAGCCAUUCCAUCAACUUGCAAUGGAAUUGCUGAAGGACGAUUCAAAGGUCGAAUCUGUGGUUCAGAUCUCCUUGUUCCGCGACCGCAGUGGGAAUAUCCCACAGUUCACACCAACGUCAACUAAGGAAUUUUAUGCAUCCGUGCUAGCACGCAGAGACGACGUGCGUCAGUUCGAUUUCGGAGUUAAUCCUCUUUCGCCAAAUCUUACUACCGGGCUUUCGCUUUCGUGUAAACUUGGCUUUAGCUUCCUUACAAAGCAGCUUCUGCGUUUCUACAAAUUGAGUCGUGUUACAACGAAGUUGAACAAGCAGGACACAUUCCAAGAGUCACCAUUGCAUUGGGCCGUUCUUUCGGGUCAGCUGAACAUUGUCGAAGACUUACUUGCGGAAGGCGCAUCUUGCGAUCUACGCAACAGGUCAAAGCAGACAGCUUUUCAACUAGCUGUUACGUGCUCGCGGACUCGCAUCGCGCACACUAUCCUGGAUAAGACCUAUGACACAGCCAGUCUUAACAACACCCACACCACCGCGAACACCGCUGAACCUAUGGCUGCCAUUUCCGCGCAGGCAGCAGCCACGAUGCAAGACGCCUUUGAGCGGUUUUCAUCUGCCGUUACACCGGACGACCGUCGACUUUUCGACAAUACAACCUUAAGAGAUGUCAGAGAUGAGGCGAUACGGACUGAGCGCUUGCUCCGCGCUUGCCGGAUGCAAAGGAAUAUGGUCCGGCUAGACAAGUUCCUUCAGGCAAUGGAGCAUUACUCCAAGGUAAUGGAGGUGUUGUGCAACGGGAAUCCUUUUCUGUCAUGGAUUUGGGCACCGGUAAAACUGAUGCUCAUGAUCACCGUCGAAUCUAGCGGUGCUUUUGAAAAGAUGAUAGAAGCAUACGGCAAGAUCGGGGAUAUAGUUGCUCGCCUGAAUCAUCUUGGCAAUGCACUUGUGUGCGAUCACAACUUGCAGAAAGUGCUAGCUCUGGUGUACUGUGACAUCACAGAGUUCCAUCGGCGAGCGUACAAGUUUGUGAAAAGAAAGUCUAUAGCAUGGUCCAUAUUCUUCAGUUCUAUGUGGGCCGGCUUCGAAUCUCGGCUUGAAGGGAUACUGAAGAGCCUGGCAUACCAUAGCGAAAAAGCCGCUCAAUUGAUAGCUGCCGUGGACGCCGCUGAAGCUAUUCGACAUAGCGGAGCAGAAUUCGAAACGUGGAAGCAGCAAGAACGGGAGCGGAAUGCUGUCAGUAUAAAUGAACGCGCUGAGUAUAUGGGAAACGUGGCUGACCCUCCAUUCCGACUACAGGCUAAGAUUCGGAAUAUGCUCUCCUUGCUUGGGACGGAUGAAGCACUCCAAACUAUCAUUCUCGAGCGUUACUUUCGAGACUAG